AUGUCGGUAGAAAAUCCAACUGGAUUACACAACUACCCUGUUACUAGGACAUGCAUGAUUCUGACAGCUGUCGUACCGUUCCUGAUGGCAGUGACAAAUGACAAAUAUAUAUUUUUGGCCCAGUACGAUCCAUUCAUUAAUCAAUACCAUCAAUAUUAUAGAUUUUUCAUAUACCAGUUUUGUGCAGUUAAUGAAAGCGAUGUAAUGCUUUUGUUAUUACUCUGGUAUGAUUAUCGCCAUGUAGAGAGAUUGUUUGGUUCUUAUAAAUAUAUUAAUGUUAUAUUAUUGACACUGAUAUACACAACUGGAAUCUUAUCAUUACUCAACGUUGCUGUCAACGUGUUAUUCCCUGCAAUAAUAUGGAAUAAACUUCCUACAGGGACUCUUCCAACCGUUUUAGCAUUGUUCCAUUUCUAUAAACAAUACACACCCCAAUUAUAUGAAGUCAAUUUAAGUUUAUCACAACCAUGGUUUGGAAAGAGUUCAAAUAGCAGUUUUAGAUGGACAAUCAACAACCAAGUAUUUUUAAAUAUUACUAUCAUACUAUUGUUAUUAAAUCAAGGGUUAGUAGGUAUUGGUUGUGGGUUAAUUUGCUGGAUAAUAGGUAUAUUUAUGGAAAAAGGAUUACUUCCUGGAGUUGAUAACUGGAGAUUACCAUUUCUACGCCAUGUUUCACAUUUAGAUACACCAUUAAGUGGGAGUAGUCGAUACAGAAUGAUACAAUCCCAGCAACAGACAACUGAGUUAGAUGCCUUAAAUGGCAUACAAGGUGAAAAUGUACAUCCCGAUGAUGAAGCUCCAGAUGAACCUGAACGAUCCUUAGGAGUACAAUUUUUGGAUACAUUUAGAAGAUAA